GUCCAUUUCUGAGUCUUUCCUGUUCCGCCCUUUUUCGUGGUCACUUUCUUUUCUUCGUUUUGUUCCGUUUCAGCACAAUCUCAAUCCACCCUUUUGUAAACAUCAUCCUCCCGUCAAGACAGCGGUCUCCAUUGUUGCACGUUGGCUGUCAUCGAAGUUCACUCAUGCAGCAGCAACCACAACCGCACACGCUGCACAGCCGUCUCGGUGGGCAUGCUGCAGAUCGCCACAACCCCGUCGCACGCUGGUGGGCUGGGCGUCGCAGCAGUCCCAGAUUCAGUGUGGCUUGUGGUCACCAGCAGCAGCAGCACGAGACACGACCGAGCGCCUCGAUAUCGCCGUCAUCGCCAUCAUCACCAUCACUAUCAUCACUAUCGUCACUAGCAUCACCAUCAGUGGUAGUAGGACUGAAGACUCGUCCGAUGAUUGCCGCGUUCGCCGUCGCAGAGUCAGUCGAUCCACAUCGGUGGCUGGGCAAUGGCAAUGGAAGCGAUGGAGGCAAUGGAAGCGACAGCACGGAGGUGCCCAUCGCGGGACCAGGCAACGCGGUGGUCGCGCCACCCCGAGCCCGUGCCUCAGCCACAGCCACUUCCUCGGUAACAGGAGCAACUGCAGGUGCAGCAGGGCGAUCCGACGCGGGAGCCUCGAGCGCGUCCCCUGCGCGCACUGCGGCGCAUAUUCUGUCGGGCGCGGGCAGCGGUGCAGUCGCAGCCCUUGUCACAACGCCGCUCGACGUCAUCAAGACUCGCAUGCAGGUCUCAUCGCAAACAAGAGGGUUGAGAGCAACCUUCCUCCAGAUUGUGCGAACAGAAGGAGCGCUCAAAUUGUACAGCGGGUUGUCGCCAACCUUGAUGGGGCUGCUGCCUAACUGGGCAAUCUAUUUCACGACAUAUGAAACGCUCAAGCAUCCCGUGGCCAACAUGCUGGGAACGUCGGUACUCUCGCCGAUGGUGCAUGCGUCUAGUGCCAUGCUCGCUGGAGCCUCCUGCGCGCUGGCAACGAAUCCAUUGUGGGUUGUUAAAACACGGAUGAUGACACAAAACUCUGCCUCCCAUCACCAAUACAACGGCUUGCUACAUGCCUUCCAAACGAUUGCCCGAACCGAAGGCGUUCGCGGCUUUUACAAGGGUCUGGUGCCGUCUUUGCUUGGUGUUGUACACGUUGGCAUCCAAUUCCCACUCUACGAACGGCUAAAAGGCUAUUUUCUUGCGCAAAAUCCCGAUCACCCGCUCGGUCCUGUGCAGCUCAUGACCUCGGCUGCUUUAUCGAAAAUUGUCGCUAGUGUCAUUUGGUAUCCACACGAGGUUGUGCGCGCACGGUUACAAAACCAAUCGCAAUCCCCGCCAAAGUACCACGGCGUGAUUCACACCGUUCGGCUGACAGUCCAAGAGUCGGGUGUUCGGGCGCUUUACGCUGGGCUGUUUACCAAUCUGCUUCGAGUGGUGCCUGCCGGUGCCAUCACGUUCACCACCUACGAAAUGUUCAAUCGGAUGCUUUUGCAGGUCUUGGAAGGGUCUCCAUGACGAUUCUUGCUGCGUGAGCG